AUACAGGUGUCAGUGCACGAAGCUUUCAAAUGGUUGUCAGAAGAUUCCUGUACUGAAUCUGGUGCAGCAAGCAGCACAAGGGAUCCCUCUCGGCACUUUCAUCCAGCUUCUGCGAGUCGCUGCUCCCCUGCCCUUCGUGUCUUGAGCAAUUCGGUCAGCAGAAGAUAGCUCGUCGCUUCGAUUCGUGCUUGAGUCGCUUUUGCGAAUCAGCCUGCGGUUUUUCACAUGAUGCUGUGAUCGCUGUAUGUGGAGGAAGUCUGCGUUGCUGCAGCUGCGAUGGACGAACCUUCUUCAUGAGCCAUGAUCCCGACCUCCGACUAUUUCUCGGACGGAAGUUCAGGGUUGCUGGUGGACAUUCUUCUCAAUCAUUAUGUGAUGGUUAUAUUACUUAUGACCAUCAACAUAUGUCUUGAAGUACGAGAGAUUCAAUAGAUGGAGAGACACAAAAUGCAAAUGUUUACUUAUAUCAAAACAAAAGCUGAGUGGAAGGAUAUCAUGAUGGUUUGUGCGAAAGUUAGAGAUGACAGGGACCUGCGUUGUGGAUGUGUAUGGGGCAAAGGUACCAAAGACUAGUUCACUUUCCCGAGCUAGUAGCGUUACCUCUCGAUUGUCGUUCGAGGAGAAAGAUUGACGAGCUCAAUGUCACUCCACAGUAGGUCACCGUCUCUCACCAGGAUAAGAACGUCGGCAGUAGAUGGGCAUGAUUCAGUGCCCGGCUUGGAGAAGACACGAAGUGCACCUUCAUCAGUGUAUUCCUUAUAUAUUACUCCAGAACCCGCACAACCUUUACAGCAAUCAUCAAGAAGAAGGCGAAAACCUCGUCGGAAGGGCUUACGACUCACUUUGCUUUUUCUAUUAGUGCUUGGUGGUUUCUUUCUGUUCGAAUGGCGAUAUCUGUCAUCACUUGGCCGAAAGUUUCAGUCCAGGAAGGACGAUUCUGUGAAACACGGCGCUACUCUUUUAUCCCAGGGAAGACAAUCUCCUAAGAAAUCAACACCACCAAUGUUCGAGCGACUCCUGGCGUUAGCUGCUCAUGCCCUUGCCGAGGGAGAUUCGAAGAGUGAACCCCAUGAUUUGUGGGAAGAACCAUUCAAGGAAGCUUCGAAGUGGAAACCUUGCGCUGACGAACGACCUGCAAAUCAUCUCCCCCCUCCAGAGCCGAAGGACAGUUCCGGAUACAUCAUGGUCAGUGCUGAUGGUGGACUCAAUCAGCAGCGAGUUGCGGUCUGUAACGCAGUAGCUGUGGCUCGUUUGAUGAAUGCCACUCUUGUUCUUCCAAAAUUUCUCUUCAGCAGUGUGUGGAGGGACAAUAGUCAAUUCGGAGACAUAUAUCAGGAGGACUACUUCGUGAAAUAUCUGAAGGACGAUGUGCGUAUUGUGUCAGAACUUCCAGUGGAGUUACAGUCAUUGGAUCUUUCAAUCAUGGGCAGCCUCUUGACAAAUGCAGAUGUGCGAAAGGAAUCAAUGCCACGUUUCUACCUUGAGACUGUGAUGCCAAUAUUACUUCGGAAUCGUGUUGUUCACUUCGAUGGCUUUGAAAACAGUCUUUCUUUUGAUCCUAUACCUCCCGAGAUUCAGAGACUGCGCUGCCGUUGUAACUUUCAUGCUUUAAAGUUCGUCUCUCGAAUCCAGCGAACUGCGGGAAUUCUGAUAAGAAGGAUGCGAGACGCAAAUCCUCGUUGGGGCCCAAUUGAAAAAGAUUCACAUUUCCCAUCCCAUGCUUCGAAUAUAGAGAAGGUACUAGUGGAGAACUAUAGCGGCGCACGUGGUAUUGCCAAAAAGGGUGAGACGGGUUUAAUCAGUGUUACAGAAGUUCAAAAUCCCCCCAGCAGGUAUCUUAGUUUGCAUCUGAGGUUUGAGAUUGACAUGGCUGCGUACUCGCUUUGUGAGUUCGGCGGAGGUGAAGAGGAGGUAAGGGAGUUGAAAGCAUUCAGAGAGCUUCAUUUCCCAACUCUUAACAAGCAUCACGAGAGUGGCAAAUUGCCGUCUGCAGCAUUCUUGCGAGAGGAGGGAAAGUGUCCACUGACACCUGAAGAAGCUGUAUUGAUGCUGGCUGCGUUAGGCUUCAAGCGCAGUACAAGAAUAUUCCUCGCAGGUGCUCACAUAUAUGGCGGGGAGGAACGCAUGGCCGUUAUCUCUAACCUCUAUCCGAACAUCGUAACCAAGGAGGACCUGCUCACUGCCGACGAGCUGGCCCCUUUCGCCAAUCACUCUUCACAGAUGGCGGCGUUGGAUUUCAUAGGCUGUGCUGCCGCAGAUGCAUUUGCCAUGACAGAUUCUGGCAGCCAGUUGUCGUCGCUCGUUUCAGGUUACAGGAUAUACUUUGGGCAGGGAUACUUACCGAGUAUACGACCCAAUAAGCGAAGGCUCGCAACGAUAUUUGCCAAUAACAUGACCAUCGAGUGGGAGGACUUCGAGGAAAGGAUUAGAAGGACUGUGAGAGAGAGUAAGCGCGUUCUCGUCAGGCCGACCGCGAGAAGUGUUUACAGGCACCCUAGAUGUAAAGAGUGCAUGUGUCAUUGAAAUUCGACCGGUCGCGGCUCGUCGAAGACGAUCUGUUGAAUAUCUUCAGUCUGGUACUCCAUCACACGUAGAGUAGGCGGGCAGGGCUCGACGUUCACCGGAUGAAAAAUUAUUUUCGAGUUCUUUUGGCAUAAUGCAGAGCCAUCGGCACAUUCAACCACUUGGGCAAGACCCACUGGUAUUAGAGUAAUAAAUUAUUAGGCCGUACGUCAGAGUACGAGUAGGCACAUGGUUCAAGCACGAUGGAGUACUCCUGUAAAUGUAUCGAUUUGAAGUUGAAGUUUUCCUUUGGCUGGAAAGGCUGAAGUUCAUUGUGAUGAACAGGAUCCGUGAAAGCGCUCAGCUGUAUACUGUCAUCUUUAUCUACAAAAGUGACAGUUCUGGGGAACUGCAGAAUAUACAUCUCAGUUCUGGGGAAUGAUAUCACCGAG